AUGGAGAAUUAUUGCUGCAAGUUUGUGCAAAAAUGUCAUAAAUGUCAAGUGCACAGUGAUUUGAUCCGAGUGCCGCCUCACGGACUCAAUGCUAUGAGUUCACCUUGGCCAUUUGUAGCUUGGGGUAUAGAUGUCAUCGGUCCGAUAGAGCCAGCCUCUUCUAAUGGACACAAAUUUAUUUUGGUUGCCAUUGAUUAUUUCACCAAGUGGGUAAAAGCAGCUUCAGACAAGUCGGUAACCAAGAAAGUUGUAGCUGAUUUUGUUCGCAACAAUUUGAUAUGCAGAUUCGGAGUACCAGAAUCCAUUAUUAUCGACAAUGGUGCAAAACUCAACAGUCACUUGAUGAGAUAUAUAUGUGAGCAAUUUAAGAUUACUCACCAAAAGUCAACCGCUUAUCGUCCCCAAAUGAACGGAGCUGUAGAGGUUGCCAAUAAGAAUAUCAAAAAGAUUUUGAGGAAAAUGAUUGACAAGCAUCAAGGUUGGCAUGAGAUGUUACCAUAUGCUUUAUUGGGGUACCACACGACUGUCAGAACAUCGACUGGAGCUACUCCUUACUUGCUAGUGUAUGGGACAGAAGCAGUCAUACCUGCUGAAGUCGAAAUACCGUCUUUGAGAAUCAUCCAAGAAGCUGAGUUAAGUAAUGCUGAAUGGGUCAGCAAGCGGAUUGAUCAACUAACUUUGAUUGAUGAGAAGAGAAUGGUUGUCGUCUGUCAUGGUCAGUUGUAUAGACAAAGAAUGAUUCGUGCCUUUCACAAGAGAGUAAGAGCCAGAAUUUUCGAAGUUGGUCAAUCGGUCCUUAAGCACAUUUUUCCUCAUCAAGAUGAGUACAAAGGAAAGUUCGCACCAAACUGGCAAGUUCCUUACAUGGUUCGUAAAGUAUUUUCUGUAGGUGCUUUGGUCCUGUCGGAUAUGGAUGGCACCGUAUGGCCAAAACCAAUCAACUCAAAUGCAGUCAAGAGAUACUACGUGUGA